AUGCAAUGCUUUAACCAGAAGCAAGAAAGAGCACGAAAGCCUUUUAUUAAAUUGUCACAAAAACAUGAAGAGUCUCCCUUGAUGUGGCCAUUGUGUUGUGUACAAUUGAGUGAAAAGAAAAACAACAAUUUCACUCUUGAAGAAGCCACAAAGCCUUGUUGUUAUGGUGCAGAAGGUGAAAGAACAACAUGCUGGAUUGAAUGUAUUAAUUCUUUUAAUCUUUAUGAAAUAAUUAACUUGAAGAAGGAAAAAAAGGUUUUGCCAAGAAAAGAAAAGCAAAAAGCUCAUAAAACUUUCAAUAUUUAUAAUAAAAGAUAUAAAAGAAGAGAAACCGCACACAAAAUUCAUCGUAUACACGAACGUUACAUUGUUUAUUUUUGGGGCAAGAAAUCUCUUUUGCUUGUUACUGAAUUAGAUGAAAAUGUAGGUAAACCUUAA